CCAUAGGUGUUUGAAGAAGGGGUCGGCCUCAGGUGUUUCAGCGUCCUCGGCACCUCGACGACACAGGAAGAGACUCUGUCGCUUCGACUUAUCGACUGUACCUAUACUUUCCCCCCACCUCCCCACUGAUCUAAACACUACGGAUUCAUAAUUUUGCAACACUCUUGGAAAAAGGGGAACGAAGUCACAAGACACAAGCGAGGAGUUGUCUUGGAUCCUGUGGAGCGACACUUGGAGUGUUUUUCUGGGAGAUGUAUUCCGCCAGAUAUGAGUACGACGGCCGCAAUGGCCACCAUGAGCGGAUUGACUUCUUAACCAGCAAAGAGAAGGCGUCGUCAAAGCGGAAGACCGGCAUUGUCAUCGGGGUUCUUCUGGCACUUCUCAUCCUUGCAGCCGUUGUAGCGUUCCUCAUUUGGCUGUUUGUCUUUAAAGAUGCUGAUUCAGGAGCCACCCUUAGUAAGCAGCUUAGACCAUCAAUACAAGUCUUCAGUGGGCAUAUGAAGCUGGUUGGUGUACCGUAUGACAAGAAGCUGGAGGAUACAAACAGUAAAGAGUUUGAGGAUUUGGCACGCAACCUGGAGGCAAUUCUCGGGGAAAACUACAAGAAAGAUCCAUUCCUCGCAAACUACUACACUAGAUCGGUGGUCACUGCAUUCAGUGAGGGAGUGAUAGCCUACUACUGGUCCCAGUUUGACAUUCCAGUCGAAGACCUGGAGGUCGUGCCGGAGUUCUCUGAGGAGCGGGUGUUGGAGACACUGGAGAAUGGCAUUAAGGAGCAGCGCGGCAUUACAAGCCGCAGGGAUAUUAAGAUCAGUGAAGUCACUGCCUCAUUCACAGAUCCCCGCAUGGCCAGGAACCCCAGAGCCACGGAGUGUUUCUACCGCCUGGUGGCUGAAGAAAACGCGAAAAAAUUUUCAUCUCCAGGGUACCCCACAGGCUACCCCGCCAAGUCUCGGUGUCAGUGGCAAAUCCGAGCCUCACGGGGCAAAGCCAUAUCUGUCAGUUUCCCUUUUUUCCACAUCGAGGAUGACUGCUCUGAUGACUUUGUCUCCAUCUAUGACUCCUUGAGUCCAGAUGAUUCUCAGGCCAUCACAGAGAAGUGUGGUCAGAGGCCCCCCUCCAACCCUCUGCAGGUGUUGUCUUCUGGCAACAUCAUGCUGAUUAACUUGAUUACUGACAGUGAUGUCCAGAGGCCGGGCUUUGAGGCAGAGUACAAAGCCAUCCCCAUGUCUCAAGUAAAAACCUGUGGUGGUUUCCUCUCUAAGAAAGAAGGAGUCUUCACCUCCCCACUUCACCCCAGCUUCUAUCCUCCUUCCAUGGACUGCAAGUGGACCAUCAAGGUCCCUGAUGGGAACAAGGUGAGGGUGACGUUCACCAUGUUCCGCAUGAAAGAGCCCGGGGUGGACAUCCGUGUGUGUCACAAAGACUAUGUGGAGGUUAUGGGCACCAAGUAUUGUGGAGAAAUGUCCUCUUUGGCUCUGACUAGUGACAAAAACGUCCUAGAAGUGAGCUUCCAUUCCGAUGAGGCCUUUACUGACAAAGGCUUCAGUGCUGAGUACAGCGCAUAUGAUCCCGCAAACCCUUGCCCCAACAAGUUUGCGUGCGCCUCUGGCAUCUGCAUUGCCAAGGAGCUGCACUGUGAUGGCUGGAACGACUGUGGUGAUAUGAGCGACGAGAUAAAGUGCCAGUGUGAAAAGGACCAGUUUGGUUGUGACAAUCACUUGUGCAAACCAAGGCUCUGGGUGUGUGAUCGCGUCAACGACUGCGGAGACUGGAGCGAUGAGAAACAGUGCAGUUGUGAGGAGAAUGAGUGGCGCUGUGGGGAUGGGGUUUGUAUGCCCCAGGAUGUUGUGUGUGACAAUAAGCGGGACUGUGUAGAUGGAAGCGACGAGGCCUCUUGUAAAACCUCUGUGGGCAUCUGCUCUGACUUCAGCUUCAGGUGUAAGAACAAAGAAUGUGUCAACAAAGUGAAUGCCGAAUGUGACCGUGUCAACGACUGCUCUGAUAACUCAGACGAGGCCGGCUGUGAUUGUGGCACUAGGCCUUACAAGCUGAACCGCAUCGUGGGAGGGCAGAACGCUGAGCUGGGAGAGUGGCCCUGGCAGGUCAGCCUUCACUUCGUGACCAGUGGGCAUGUGUGUGGUGCCUCUAUCAUCUCUGAGAGGUGGCUUCUUUCAGCUGCCCACUGCUUUGCCACCAGCAACCCAGCGAACCAUGUUGCAUCCAACUGGCAGACAUACAGUGGCAUGCAGGACCAGUACAAGCAGGAUGGUGUACAGCGACGCCCAUUGAAGAGGAUUAUAUCCCACCCGGAUUACAACCAGAUGACCUUUGACUAUGACAUUGCACUGCUGGAGCUCGACGGGCCGCUGCAGUUCACUAACAUCAUCCAACCCAUCUGCCUACCCUCUUCCUCCCACGUCUUCCCUGCAGGCAUGUCCUGCUGGGUCACAGGCUGGGGCGCGCUCCGAGAAGGAGGUCAAAAGGCACAGCUACUGCAGAAGGCGUCAGUAAAAAUCAUCAACGACACGGUAUGUAACGUGGUCACAGAGGGCCAAGUCACCUCCAGGAUGCUCUGCAGUGGAUUCUUGGCUGGAGGAGUUGACGCAUGCCAGGGUGAUUCCGGAGGCCCCCUGGUGUGUUUCGAGGAGAGUGGGAAGUGGUUCCAGGCUGGCAUUGUGAGCUGGGGUGAGGGCUGUGCUCGUCGGAACAAGCCCGGUGUCUACUCGCGCAUCACCAAGCUGAGAGACUGGAUCAAGAAGGAGACAGGGAUUUGAUGAUGCUGUGAUGAACAGGGAGGGAUACAGAGUGGGGAACAACGUCAGAUUGCUAAAAAUAAUGGAGAAGGAACAUUUGAGUCUGAUUCAGGACUUCAAGUCUCUCCUAGAUGUAUUCAUGUAGCAGCAGACUGAGGAUACUGUUGCAUGGACCCAGUUACACAAACCAGUGACUUAAAGUCCUGUAUUUGGCUGCCAACCCCCUCUUUUCCACUCACUCACUCACACUCACACAUACACUUACACAUAAACCUCAGUGACCCACACUUUGUAUAGUUUUUAAAGGUGUAAAUCAGUGCAGUGUCUUUUACCCUGAUCAAUAAUUUCAUGUUUUACUGGUGAAUACACCCUGAGUACAAAUAGUAAAAUAUGGAUAUUCUGGGAAUCAUUUUUCCAGUAUUUGUAAAAUGUAUCAUUUUAGGGUUGAUGCAGAAUUUGAACAUUUUACAGUUUUUAAAGUGUGUUUUUCAGUAAUCCCCGAAAAUGUAAUUGUGUUUUGAAGACUUAGUAUUAUGUAUUUCUCAACAGGUGAGAUUCCUUCAUCCUGUUGGGCUGCAGUGAAUUUUGCACUUUGCCAGUGGGCUCAUGUGAUAGAUAGCUAUAAAUUUGGGGUUUUAUUAAUCCAAUAUCUUUAAGGACUGUAACGCUUGCUUUACACUGUUUACUACAAAACACUCAUACUCAGCUGAACGUUUUCCAAAGCGUAGCAUAGGUUUUUCAACUGAUCAAAGCAUUGUUAUCUACGUAGCUGUCAGGCAGCCGUCAGUCUCAGUUCUUAUCAGUAAAGUAUAAAUAUCGUCUUGCAGAGACAGUUGUUUUACCAUGUGAUAAAACAGAAGUUUAACAAAAAACAAAAAUGAAAGAACAACAAAAAAACGACCAAACAUCAUGCUCAAAUCUAUUAAGGGGUAUUUUCAUAUCAUACGAAGAUAAAUGAAAAUCAGAAGCUGCCUUGAAGGUAUAAAAUGAAUUAAUAAAUCUAAAAGCCCAUGGUUUGCUUUGGAAAAUGGCCAGUAGUAAUGUUAAGUAUACCAGAUUUGUAGCCUGUGGGCUAAAACAGGCAAAAACAUUAGCAUGGUCCUUGAGGAAUUCUGAUCUGAGAGUGGAGUAAUGCAUAAGUUGUUCAAAGUUGUUGAUCUGAAGGGGGGUCCUAGAUCAGUAUUUGUAUUAUACCUUUACAGAUGGCUUUUUCCCAGGUCUCUAGUUAAGCUCAAGGUAAUAGAAGUCUUCAGUCGCAUACACCUGAGAGCCAAAGCCAACCAAUGGGGUUGUCACAAGGUGCCAGAGCAAUGCAAUGAGUUCAUAUGCCCGUGAGUUUCCUCUCUUUGGUCACAACCAACUCAAUCAACUUUUAAAUCCAAGAUUUGACUGGAUGGGUUUUUUUUUUUUUUUAGUCUGUUUGCCUUCAUCUCUUGACUUAUCCUGGAAAUAUUACAUCCUGGAUAAGCAAACCAAAGAUUUGCAUAACUAUUAUUUAUUGAAGGGGGGAAAAUUAAGCAGAGAAAAUUGUUUGGGAUAUUUCUCACUGUACCUUUUAUUAAUUCCAUAGACUGCUAAACUAUGCAAGAGUAAAUGUGUAUUUUUCAGAAAGCAGGAAGCAAAAACAACUUUUAGAAGAUAUUUUCAUGAGCGCUGUGCACUGUGACUGUGUUUUAGAUUAUAGA